GCAUUACUCAUCCAAUUCUACUGCUUUGCUAUCUUUCUCACUCAAUUUCUCUCUCUAAGUUAUCAGCACUAAAGAAUGGAAGGAGAAGCUGCUGCCGCCGUUCUUCAAGUUCUAGUUCAAAAUGUCAUCGACCUUUGCAAGAAAGAGAUCUCUCAGAUCCGAGAUCUCGACAAAAAUGCAGCAAAGCUAACUAAGAGUCUCAAAACCAUCCAAAAAUUCUUGAACGAUGCUGAGACGCGUAACAUCACCAGCGAAGCUGUGAAGGAGUGGCUGAAGAAGCUUGAAGACGUGGCUUUCGAUGCUGACAAUGUUUUGGAUGAACUCAACUAUCAUAUUCUCUCUGACCAGAUCAAGCCCGCCGAGACUGAGGAGGAAAAGGUACCAUCAUGCUUCUCACGCCUCUCAUGCUUCUCAUGCUUCAAGCAUACUUCACGUUCUCGAAAUAUGGCUGUUAGAAUCCAAGAAAUCAAUGAGAAUUUGGAGUCCCUUCACAAAGAGGGAGCUGGGCUUGGCCUCGUAGAGAAACUUGCCGAUGAUCAGCCCAAAACUUAUUUGGAAACUGAUUCAUACACUCUUGAUCCAUUUUUUAUUGGAAGAGAUGAUGUUGAGUCGGAAAUAGUUGAGAAGCUUACCAAGAGCAUCACAACUGAUGAACGUGCAGUUUCCAUCAUUUCCAUUGUCGGGAUGGGGGGAUUGGGGAAGACGACAUUGACUAGGAAAGUCUUCAAUCGUCUGAAGAAUGAGAAUAGGUUUGGAUCACAUAUUUGGGUGCAUGUUUCCCCAAAUUUUGAUGCAAUAACUCUUUUCAAGAAAAUUCUCAAUAACUUGAAUUCUAAUCAAGUUGAAAUUGCGAGCAGGGAAGAUAUUCUUGCAAAGCUUAAAGAAGCUUUGAAAGAUAAAACGUAUCUUCUUGUACUUGAUGAUGUAUGGAAUGAAGAUCGUUCCAAAUGGGAAGAUUUUUUCAAUUCCUUGUUGGGAGUUAGUUCUGUUAUGGGAAAUGCCAUUGUUGUUACCACUAGAAGUAUGGAGGUUGAUUCAAUUGUGAAUCCACUUCAUACACACAAGUUGGAAGGCUUAUCAGAGGAAGAGUGUUGGUCGAUAAUCAAAGUUAAAACUUUUGGAGAAGGAAACGUUCCAUCAGAAUUUGAGGCUAUUGGGAGAAAGAUUGCAAGAAGAUGUCGAGGUUUGCCAUUAGCUGCCAACGUUGUUGGGGGAGUGCUGCGGAAUAAAGAUGAAGAAAAAUGGCGUUCAAUCGAGGACAAAUGGCUUUCACCGGAUGAAGGAGGAGAUGAUAUCCCAAAUAUAUUGAGACUGAGCUUCGAUAAUUUGUCUCUGCCGUCACUUAAGAAGUGCUUCGCAUACUGUGCGAUGUUUCCUAAAGGCUCCAAAAUCAAUAAGCGGAAACUGAUUGAGUUUUGGAUGGCAGAAGGUUUUCUUCAAGCUGAUGAAAGGGAUGACAUGGAGUUCGUGGGCGAAAAAUUUAUCAACGUUCUUCUGCACAACUCUUUACUGCAAGUUUUAUGGAGAGUUGAUGACGGAAAUGUAAGAAGUUGUGGCAUGCACGAUCUUGUGCACGAUCUCGCUUGUUCUGUUUCAAGUUCGUCUGACAGAGCAGGUGGUAGCAGCCGAGUUCGAUACAUGACUCUCGAAGACAACUAUUGUGGAGAAGAAUCAAGUCGUAUCCCAAAAGAAAUGGCAAAGUCUUUGCGUACAUUACUAAUAACUUCGGAAGGUGAUAUUUCUGAUAUCAACUUCUCAGACUUGGAAAGUUUGCAUGUUUUACGUCUUGACUCUCAAGUUAUAAAAGAGCUGCCAAGUUCGAUUCGGAAGUUGAUACAUUUGAGAGAUUUUGACAUUUCAAAGACAAGAAUUGAAGUUUUGCCGGAUUGGAUUGGUGAAUUCUUUCACUUGCAGACGUUGAGAGUAGACUCAUCAGAUUUCAGAAUUAGGAGAAAAGUGCCAAGUACGAUUAAGUACUUGAUUAACUUGAGGCAUCUUUAUAUUCACCAGUUUGUAGAGUUGCCUAUGGGAAUUGGGAGAUUAACUUGUCUCCAAACGCUAAAGUACUUUCCAGUGGGCGACGAGAAUGGCUGCAAAAUUGAAGAGCUCGGAAGUUUGAAUAAUCUUAAAGGAGAGUUAACGAUUCUGCAUCUGGAAAGGGUUCAUGACAAGGAAGAGGCUGGGAAAGCCAAUUUAUUCAAAAAGUCAAAAAUAUUGAACUUGUGUUUGAUGUGGGGUGUAGACAGAGAAGGUGAAAGAAAUGAUGAGGAUGUAUUGGAAGGCCUUCAACCUCACUCACAUCUGAGGGAGUUUGAGAUCCGGGGAUUCAAUGGAAAAAGAUUUCCAUCAUGGACUCAGAAGAUGGCAGUUCGAGAUGCGCCUCAAGGCUCUUGGGUGGUACUUAACAAGUUAAUGUCGUUAUCACUCUCUAACUGCUAUGAAUGUGAAGAGAUCCCAAUGUUGGGGCAGUUGCCCAAUCUCAAGUCCCUUGUGUUGCUGAGAUUGGACAAUGUGAAGUGUAUAAAUUCAUCAUUCUACGGAAUGGUGAACAAGGACACACGCAUUGUUUUUCCAGCUCUCGAAAAGCUCAUGUUGUCUUCAAUGCCUAAGCUGGCAGAGUGGGCAGAAAUAGAAAUUUCGGAUGGAAGUGAAGUGAAGCUAUUUCCUCGCCUCCAACAUUUGACAAUUAUUCGGUGUGAGCAAUUGAUGAGUGUUCCAAGUCAUGUCUCGUCAUGCCUUGAAGAAUUGAGGAUUGAGGAGAUCGGUGUGGAAUGUUUGCCAGCUGAUUGGUUAUUGAGUAACAGCGAGACUCUCUCUUAUUUGAGAAUAAGUUCGUGCUGGAAUUUGAGAGAAAUAUCAGAUAGGUGGGGAGAAGAAGAAUCAGAAGGAAGAAGCUUCACAAUCACAUCCCUCCCUAUAUUCCCUCGUCUAACAUUUUUGACAAUCAAAGGCGUUCCUAAGUUAAGUUUGGAGACUGUGGAUGCAAUGCGGCGCCUCCAAAUUCAUGGAAUCAAACGCAUUGAACCGUGACGUUUGAUUCUGAGGAAAGUGAAGAGGUCUAGUGAAGAAGGAAUAAUAAUAGGGGAGCUUUUGAAGAGCUUGGAGGCGAGGCAGCCUCAACUAGAGGCACCAACGAGCUUGCUCGUGGGGACGAACAACGAGCUUGGAUUGUCGCAAAUCGCUUCAAUGUUUAGUCUAAAAAAUUCAGACAACAAUGUUGAAGAUGUGAAGAUAGUGAAACAAGAGGAUUCAACAGCUGUGGAAGUUGAACUCAAUACCAAAAACAAGGGAAAAAGAAUGUAUGAGAAGAAAAACUCAAAUUUCUGAAUGUCAAUACUCAAUUCGACUCGAUUUGACCACGCCGUUUAAUUAAAAUUCGAGCAUGAUUCUAUAAUGAAUGAAUUAAAUUUGAGCAUGUCAAUACUCAGCUCGGCUCGACUUUAUUACACCCUUGACACGACUCAUUUUG